CUGCAAUUUGGAAGUCAGAACAGACGGUUCCGUUAGAAAUCGGAAGGCUUUAUUCCAAGGCCCUCCGCUCCUCCCGCGCUCUUUCUUUUCGCCGGUAAUCGAAUAGGAGACGAGCACCAAAGCGGAGAGAUGGCGAGAUCUCGGAUCCGGUUUUCUUUACGAACCCUAACCCUGGCCCUAUCUCCGGUAUUCGUCGUGGCCGCUGCCGGCGGCGGCGGCGGCGGCGAUGUCGUGGUCCUCACGGACGACAACUUUGAUGAGGAGGUCGGCCAAGAUCGCGGCGCUUUCGUCAUGUUCUACACCCCCUGGUGUGGGCGUUGUAAGAAGAUUGCUCCAGAGUAUGAGAAGCUUGGCUCAAGUUUUAACCGAGAAAAAUCUGUUUUGAUUGGAAAGGUGGAUUGUGAUAAAUAUAAGAGCUUAUGCAGCGAAUAUCGGGUUUCCAAAUACCCGACAAUUCACUGGUAUCCAAAAGGGUCCUUGAAACCAUUAGAGUAUGACGGCCCUUAUACUGCACAAGUUUUUGUUGAAUUUGUAAAUGCUGAAGCAGGAACCAAUGCAGAGCUGGUACCAAGUCCUUCAGAUAUAGUAGUGCUUACAUCAGAGAACUUCAAUCAGGUUGUCUUAGAUGAAACCAAAAAUGUCCUAGUGGAGUUUUAUGCGCCAUGGUGCGCUCACUGCAAACUCCUUGCUCCUACUUAUGAGAAGGUAGCCACUGCUUAUAAGUUGGAAGAGGAUGUUGUAAUUGCUAACCUUGAUGCUGACAGAUACAAGGAUUUGGCUGAGAAGUAUGAGGUUAAUGGCUACCCUACAAUAAUUUUUUUUCCAAAGAGUAAUAAUGCUGGUGAAACAUACGAGGGUGGCCGAGAUUUAGAUGACUUCAUUAAUUUCAUUAAUGAGAAGUGUGGCACCAGCCGUGAUAGGAAGACCCAGCUCAAUUCCCAAGCUGGUAUAGUUUCAAGUUUAGAUGCUUUAGUGAAGGAGUUUGUCAGUGCCACUAAUGAUGAGAAGAAGGCAGUCCUAUCUCGGAUUGAAGAGGAGGUUGAGAAUUUAAAGGGUUCUUCUGCAAGGUAUGGUAAGAUCUAUGUGAAGGCUGCAAAAAGCUGCAUUGAGAGAGGAGCAGAUUAUGCUCCAAAGGAAAUUGAACGGCUCCAACGCACGUUGAAAAAGAAAACUUCUUGUCUGAUGGCAGUCAAUUCACCCAUCAAAGGCGGAUGAAUUCAUCCUUAAGAAGAACAUCUUGUCAACUUUUGCUGCUUAAAGACAUACAGGUUUUUGCCCAUUCAGUUUUGGAAGAUUUUGGGUAACAUUCUGAGAUAUUUUUUCUGAGUACCGAAUCUUUACCUCUAGCUAGAUUAUUCCCACCGAACUUGUGUCUGUGCUGCGAAGAAGGGAAUGAGGUUGGGCAUGCUUGGUAAAACAAACAGUCCUUUGAGUGGUUGUCCCAGAAGGUUUUCUGUUAGGCUUCUGGUUGGCAUCUAGUUUCCGUCUUUAAGGCUUUCUGGAAGUAUGUAUGAUGUAUUCAAGUUGGCUCUGAUUUGCAAGCAUGCAAACGCAACAUGCUGCUGGAAAGUAUGAAGACUAGAGGUGCUUUGUAUCUCUGUCUGCUGUCCUUAGUAUGAAUGAUGAUGCAACAAGAAAGAGGAGGCAUGAAGAACUGUUAGCAUAGUUGGCUGGCUUAUGAGGUCCAGAGUACAAAUUCUGUAUAUUUUUCAAAAAAAAAAAAAAAAGAUGAUUUGGUGGAGGUGGAUUUGCUACAAAGAAAUAUGGUAGAAAUGGGUGGAAGGAGUCUAUGUUGCAAAUAUUGAAGCUUCUGUGUGCCAUUUUAAUAUUAUCAUGCCCGGCCUGCGCCACUACUAUUCUUAAGCUCAAGAUGCUAGAUUUGAGUUUUUGAUUUUGAUUGAUGAAUUUGAAAUUUAGUUUCUUUUUCCGUCCAAGAGAAAGGGAGGAGAUUCAUUUGCACUGUAAUUAUUUAGGUUCCAAGUCUUAAAAUGCAUCUAGACUCGAGCACACAACCUUUCGUUGCUAAAGAAAAGUGGUAUGUUGGUGACUGCCACAUGUCUUGGCUGAUUAGUUUUGUUUUCUACUGCUCAUUGAGAAUAUAUUUUGCCUUAUCAAUCUA